AUGAAUCUUCUCAUCGAACAACGCCCAAAAGCAAUAACAUCAUCGAAAACCCAACAACAAUCUCAAAUAUCUAAUGAAAAUGACAUGAACAAUAGUUCACCAUCAUCUCCGCUCGUAUUAAAAAUCAAGCGUCACACGACUAAACAACAACAACAAGACGAAACAAAUAAUUCUAUUUCUAUUUCAUCACAUAUGUCCGAAGAAGAUAAUAAUAAUUCUCGUUCGACAACGAAUACUCAACGUUUAAAACGUACUUCUUUAUCGAAUGCGACAGCUACACGUCGACCAUCGUCACCUGCAUUUAAUGGUAAACAACAGCAGGCAACAAAACGUUCCGUAACGAUCGAUAAUAAUAAUAAUGAUUUAACGUCGAAUAUUGAUGAUAUUGCUGUUACAAAACGUUUUAAACGGGAUGAUUUGAAUUCGUCUUCAAACAAAGUAGAUGCCUGUGUCGAAACAGUCUCUAUUGGUUUGGCAACUGAACCUGAUCAUCUCGGUCCUUGUGAGCCUGGUACAAGCGUCGUUUUGGAGGGCAUCGUUUGGAAUGAAACCGACAGCGGUGUACUUGUUGUUAAUGUAACAUGGCGGGGAAAAACUUAUGUUGGUACAUUACUCGAUUCAACUAAACAAGAUUGGGCUUGCCCGAGAUUAACAUGUGAAUCACCAACAAGUGAUUAUGAUGCUCGAAGUAGUAGUAAAACUAGUCGAACAAAACGUACUGGUGCCGGUGGUCAUACUCGAUGUUCAAAUCAACACUCGUUAUCAUUUUGUCAACAGAUAACAGCAAAUAACGUUUCAUCAGGAAUCGACGAUCGUAAACUUCGUAAUAAUAUUAAAUCGCGACAAUCGAAACGUUUAAAUAAUCUUCCAACAUCGAUAACGGAAGAAACAACAAAUAAUUCUUCACCAUUAACUUCACCGUAUCGAACAAAUACACAAACAUUUUUUCCUCCUGAGACUCCUGUAACACCUAAUACAUCGACUAAUCUCGAACCACAACUAAUCUCAUGUUCAGAAUCUCAUUGUCAUAAACGUUUUGCUUCGGCUACUGCUCUCGGUUAUCAUAUAAGUGAUGCACAUAGAAAAAUUGAAAUAACAUCAACUAUUCCACAAGCGAGUACUCGCGAUGAAGAAGAUGUUGCACAUAUUCUUGCUAAUGUUGCUGAUUAUGUACGUCGUUCAUCUCCACCAUCAUCUAUACGAUGUUCACCUGAACAUCAAUCUCAGUCUCAAUCGAAUUCACCUCCAUCAAAUUUGAAACCAAUGGAAAAUUCAACAGCAUUAUCUUGGCCAUGUCCACAAAUAUCGUCUAAUUUUGUUCUAUCAUCAUCAUUAAAUAAUACCGAACAAUCGAUAUCACCUAUUUCCGCAAGGUGUAAAUUAAAUAGCAAUGAAACAAAUAUUGAUCAAGAUGAAAUAAAUAAUUCCGUUAAACAAUCUGAUCAUUUCCUCUUACCUAUACAGAACGAAACAAGUAUUAAUAAAACUUCUCCAAUAACAAAUUAUGUUGAUUCAACUAUAACAAACAAAGAAUCAACGAAUAUACUUCCGAAAAUUCCAACACCGCCACCGCCACUACAAUUAACUUCAUCUUCACCAGCUUAUUCCGAUAUAUCCGAUGAAGAUCCAACACCUAAUGAACAAAUGCUCCCACCGUCAACAAUUAAUCUAUUAACAGCAACUAAUGGAAAUCUUGAUGAAAAUGGAAAUAAUCUCCAUUCAUCAUCAUUUCUAUCUACGAAUGGUGGAUUAAAUAGUUCUAAUCCUGCAUGGGCUGCACAAAUGAUUUUUCAACAAUUCGGUUCUUUUAUACAACCACAAGCAUUAGCAUCAACCACAGUAUCCAAUAAUAAAGAUUUAUCAACAACGCCGAAUCGUUUGAACAGUAAUAAUAUUUGUCCAUCAUCAUCAUCUUCUUCUUCUUCUUCUUCUAAUGGUACCAGUGAUUCAAGUGUAAAAAAUAUUCUCGAUGGACGUCGUUCAGCAACAAUUAAGUCAUCAUCAGCCUCCUCAUCAUCGCCACCAACAAGUUUAUAUCCUUUUCAUUCACAUGAAAUAAAAUUUCCAACACCAAUCAUCAAUACAUUAACAUCACCAAAUGAAAAUCUACUUCAUCUAUCAUCAACAUCAACGUUGAAACCUAUGGAUAUACUUGAUUUUUCAUUAAAUAAUAGUCGUACAACUAAUGGCGGACAGUAUCAUCAUUCAUCUUCAUUACACCCGUCUCGGUGA